UAUCCGAGGCACAAUAUAUCUUUGUAGUAAAAGAACAUUAUAUGAGGAAAAGCAUAUUCGAUUAUCCCACAUCAAAUUCUUUUACGAUCUCAUUAUUCAUUAUAAAAUAAAGCACUUCAUAUUAAACAAUACUCAAAUCUCAUUAUAAAACAAAAUCAAUUGUAUAACUUGAUAUUUUCGUAAGCAUCAAACUUCCCCCCUUCUCCUUCUUUCAACACCCAGUAAUAUCAUCAGUUUGAGCACAGAAAACGCAUAAAAUUAUGUCAAAGCUCUGAAACCAAUCAACAAUGGCGUUAAUUUAUUUGACUUUCUCUCUCCUACUAUUUUCUCUCUCCUCUUCUUCAGCUCAAAUCCCGACCACUCUUGAUGGCCCGUUUAAGCCCGUUACUAUGCCGUACGAUGUCAGCUUGCGCGGCAACGCCGUCGAUUUGCCGCCGUCUGAUAUUAGGGUUCAGCGCCAUGUUAAUGGGUUUCAACCUGAGCAGAUUUCUGUCACUCUUUCUUCUGAUUAUCAUUCCGUUUGGAUUUCUUGGAUCACAGGGGAAUUCCAGAUUGGAUAUGACAUAAAGCCGUUGAAUCCUGAAUCUGUCAAGAGUGUUGUUCAUUUUGGGGCAUUGCAGCACACAUUAACUCAUGAAGCAACUGGAUAUUCUCAAAUUUACAGUCAGCUUUAUCCUUAUGAAGGCCUUCAGAAUUAUACUUCUGGAAUAAUCCACCAUGUUCGUCUCACAGGGUUGAAACCUAAUGCAUUGUACUACUAUCGAUGUGGAGAUCCCUCAAUACCAGCCAUGAGCGGCCUGUUCCAUUUCAAGACUAUGCCUAUUCCUGGACCUCAUAAUUAUCCUGGAAAAAUUGCAAUUGUUGGUGACUUGGGUCUUACAUAUAACACAACAGCCACCAUUAGUCACAUAUCUAGCAAUCAACCAGAUCUUCUUCUCCUGGUUGGUGAUGUGACUUAUGCAAACCUGUAUCUCACUAAUGGAACUGGCUCUGAUUGUUAUUCCUGCUCUUUUCCAGAAAGCCCCAUUCAUGAAACGUACCAGCCCCGUUGGGAUUAUUGGGGAAGGUUCAUGCAGAAUUUGAUAUCUAGGGUUCCGAUAAUGGUGGUUGAAGGAAAUCAUGAAAUAGAGGAACAAGUUGAUCAUAAAACUUUUGAAGCAUACAGUUCCCGAUUUGCUUUUCCAUCAAAAGAGAGCGGAUCAACAUCUACAUUUUACUAUUCGUUUAAUGCCGGGGGAAUACAUUUCAUAAUGCUCGGGGCUUAUAUUGCUUACAAUGAAUCAGCUGAUCAAUACAAAUGGUUGGAGAGAGACUUGGCUAAAGUUGACCGAGAUGUGACUCCAUGGCUUGUUGUUGCAUGGCAUCCACCAUGGUACACUUCUUACAAAGCUCAUUACAGAGAAGCAGAGUGCAUGAGAGUUGCAAUGGAAGACUUGCUAUAUUCCUAUGGUGUAGAUGCAGUCUUCAACGGACACGUACAUGCCUAUGAGAGAUCAAACAGGGUAUAUAAUUAUACCCUAGAUCCUUGUGCUCCUAUUCACAUCACAAUAAGGGAUGGGGGUAAUCGAGAGAAGAUGGCAGUUGAGCAUGCUGAUGAGCCUGGAAAUUGCCCUGAGCCAUCAACGACUCCAGAUAAAUUCAUGGGUGGCUUAUGUGCUGCAAACUUUACGUCUGGUCCAGCUGCAGGCAACUUCUGCUGGGAUCGUCAGCCAGAUUUCAGCGCAUACAGAGAGAGUAGCUUUGGCCAUGGAAUUCUAGAGGUGAAAAAUGCAACUUAUGCCCUUUGGACUUGGUACAGAAAUCAAGAUAGUGAGAAAGUGGCUGGAGAUCAGAUUUACAUAGUGAGGCAGCCAGAUGCCUGCCCUAACCAACGCAAGGUAACUAAAGGGUGGUCUGAUGCUAGAUAAAUUACUCGGAAGCAAUGGUGGAUAUUUGUUGGGCGUGUUGUCUAAAUUAUGCAUAUAUAUAUCAUGGCUUAGUGGGUACAUGUCCAACUUUUACAUUAAAGUUCAAGGUAUCAAAUAUUGGCUCUUUAUUAAUGGUCCAAGAUUAGCCACUGCUCAGAAGACUCGGGAUAAUUGUACUCUGGUAGGUUAGAAAAAGAAAACUCUCACGUUGCCACCCAGAUCUUAGACUGGUGAUAAAACGCGGCCCCAAUUCCAUAGGCUGUAGGUAGUUUUGUAUUGAAGAAAGUCAUGGAGUAUUAUAAUGGUGGAGCACCUCAUUUUUUCCCCGAUAGGUUACUUCUGGCAUUGGCCAAUAUUGUUGUUGUAUCAUUAGUGAUUUGUUAGAAAGAUGUAAUUUGGAGUAUGCUGCUUUUGUACAUACGCUAUUGAAUUCUAAUUAUAAUUUACCUCAUUUACAGCGUGAAGUAUUUUUUUCA